AAAUGCAUAACGCGACAGUGCUAACUGAACCUGCUGUAAGUAACAGUUCUGUCAAUGAUUUAGGCAUGCAAUGGAUUAGAUCUACUUGCUGAUUGUUGUCCAUUCAAUGUUCUCAACCAGAGCAGGAGCAAAGGAUAUCACACAGCAACCCCAGAAGAAGAAACGUGGAUGUGGCAGAAAAGAAUACAUUUCAAAGCAGAGCAAGCAAAGAGUUUUUGAUAAAAGGCAAGAACAGCAGUUAAGAAGCAAUCUUAUCAACUGGCUGAAGAGAACAAACAUGCCAGUGGUUGCAUUAAGUCUGUCAUCAGAUCUUACAGUUAAUUACAUAGGAGCUGAAUGGUUUGAGGAUUUUGUUAAGGAUCCUUAUAUCAGGGACAAGUUUGUAGAUGUUGCUGUCAAAGGGUUGAAAAAGUUUUAUGAGCAUUCAGAGAGGAAUGAAACUACAGAAAUUCCUGUUAAUAUGGAGACUGAGUCUACUGAAGGUAUUUCCCUUGAUGUUGGUGUCAAGCAGAAAUUGCUUGCUGAUGAUGUCCUAAGACAUGAUGUGCAUCAGAAAAGUAUGCUGAUUGGACAUAUUGUGAGGAGGAAAGGGUUAACAUCUAAAACAUGUUGGCUUCCUGAAAAUAAACCGACUUGGUUUUGGCCAGAGUCUGUCAAAUUUCGAUCGCCAAACUGUGGACCAGAUCGAAUGAAGGUUUCCGAAAUGGACUUAGUGUUGGCAGCAUGCAUCAAAGAGCUGAAGAGGAUAGAGGAAGAGAAUAAUUUGAGAGACAGUCAAAGCAACGAUGGGGGGCAUGAAGUUGAGGAAAUGGAUGAGGUAGAUGAAGUAGAGGAAAUGGAGGAAUAUGGGGAAAUGGAGGAAAGACAGGUACCAUCAACAGUGGGAAUUGAAAAUACUGCGGUAGCCGAAGUUAUGGAGGAAAGGGAAGUAGGAACUACAAAUGUUGGUCACCGUAACGAAAGAAUCAAAUUUAUCAUUGAGAAGAUGAAGGAUUGCAGGUGGAAUGACCCAAACUGCAACGAUGUUCAUGCAUUGCUGGGUAUGAUGGAGGAGGAUCUUUGGAUACUGGAAAGGGUUGCGCCUUUUGUUCCAAAACAUGUGACAUUUGGCUCAUAUUGCCUAACGUUAAAGUCAUCUGACACAAACUAUUGGCUGAGGCAUCAAGUUCCUUCCAGUGUUGCUAGAAGCUUGGACCCGUUUCUUGUUUUGCAAGAUGGAAACGGGCUUUAUAGAGCUGCGUCUUUAGCUCUAUUUAAUAUAAUAGAUUUCUGGCCCACCUUACGCUUCCUAUCAAUGAAGUAUGGAAUAGAGAACUUUGGCAAAGUAAUGAGACAGCUCAAAGAGGUUGACGGACCAGAUGUAUUUGUUGGAAACUCAAAUGAAGACUUUGAGAGGAAAACUAAAAAGGAAAUUUUGUUUACGGCAUUGCCUAACCGUAAAUGCAUGACUUUGCACUUGGUUCUCUUAUCAAUUUCCAUGGGCAUAACAGUCAACUCAUAUUCCAUGGCAAAAAGCAGAGAUUUGCGGAUCGACCACGAAAAUAGCAUUGGUGAGGUCAAUUUGCUUUGGGUUGUGGACAAAAAUGGCCUGGUCACUGACAAGGUGUAUCCUUUGCUGAAUACCUGUGAUGGAAAUGAUAAUGAAUGUGGAGCUAGUUUUUACUGUGUCAGACCAGCAGAUGCUACAAGUCGUGUGAAAUGCAUAUACUGUCUUCGAAGGUUCCAUCCAUUUUGUGUCAGCCUCAGUAAAAAGGGACCUGAUUCAAGCAAUACCAACUGGACAUGUGGCUGCGAUAUUUCGCACGCUGACCUCCCCAUCAUCGAUAGAUUUAGCUCAAUGGAUAAAGUCAAGCAGUUACUAGAAUCAUUUUCUUCCGAAAUCAAGCGACAUAUUUCCAACGCACUUAAGUACCACUGGGCACAUGCAAUGGAAGUAGCUAAAGAAGACCGACGUGUUGAUGAAAUGGAUUCUUGUUGGCUUUUUCCAGGGAACCCAGUUGCGUGUUUGAGUAUACCUGCAUAUAUAGCCCGCCUUGCCAGCGCAGACAAACGUUUCUUUAGAAUCCCUAUCGAAGAUCGUGGAACAGUCGUGAAGAAUUUCCUCUUAGCAGAUGUUGUAGCUUUCCUUGUUCAUCGUCUGGCUAGCAUUUCUUUACUAUGUGCAAGGCGGCUUGUUAAUAAUUCGGCAAAGCAUGAAAUUUCUGUUUAAGGUAAAUAAAUUAUUCUGUUUAUUCUUAAUUUCAGUAAUGAAUUAGACUUCAUUCAUUAUUUAGCGUGCUAAAAAUGUUACUGCAACUUGCCAUUACUGACAUUAUUUGAAUAUUUAACUUAACUAUGUACCUUUCUCUAUUUUUUCAGCUUUCUGUUUUGGUGAUGCAGGAAUAAAACCAAUUGUCGAAUGAAAUUUUUUUCAGACAUGUAUGACAAUUGGUUUUUAAUUUUUUUCAGUUGAGAAUUUCUUUGUUCGUUGAUCUGGCUGUUUAUUCCUUUGAAUUUUGGAUAAACGUCCAUGUUAUAACUUUUUGCACAUGCUGUAAAAACGAUUUGUAAGUAUAUAAUAGGUAUAUAUACAAAAACGUUUGGUGAAACAAAAUAACAUCAAAAUACAUUUUUUAAAAUUUACAAAUCUUUGCAGGUAAUACCCAGGAUGGACUGAUGGUAUAAAAAAGGCUUUAGAAAAAGACUAUUACCCUAGACGAUUUUACCCUAGUUGCAAAUUAUAGUUAUAGCCUAUCUGCUUCUGUUUCUGAUUUAGUGUUGUCUUUGUGUUGUCUUUAUGGUAGUAAUUUUACUGUUUCCUGCAAA